AUGUCGUCAGUAAUCACCGAUGUCGAAACUGAAAAUAAUUUCUAUAUCCCUCAUCAUUGUAUCAUCAAGCCUGAUAGUGCGUCGACUAAGUUACGAGUAGUGUUCGACCUAUCAGCUCACCUUCCAGGUAAAUUGUCCUUGAAUGAUGCUCUCUUGAUUGGUCCUAAAUUACAGAAGGAUAUUUUUGUAAUUCUGUUGAAUUUUCGUGUCCACACUUUCGUUUUCACGGCCGAUAUAAAACAGAUGUAUCGUCAAAUCUUGAUUCAGCCCUCACAUCGUGAUUACCAAAGAAUUCUUUGGAGGUUUUCUCCGUCAGAGCCUAUCGGUGCAUAUCGAUUAAACACUGUUACCUACGGAGUUGCGCCUGCUCCUUUUCUUGCUCUUAGAACUUUGUCUCAACUAGCUGAGGACGAAGGAGCCUCUUUCCCAAAUGCUUCCAAAAUCCUGCUCAGGGAUAUUUACGUGGACGAUAUUGUCACUGGCUGUGAUGAUCUCGAACAGGCCAAAGUUUUGGUGGAUGAGUUGAUAUCAUUGUUGGAAUGUGGUGGGUUUGAGCUUCGUAAGUGGUGUAGCAAUAGCCAUGAAUUACUUUCGCGUGUUCCUUUAGACCACCAACAUCAGCAUUCCAUAAACUUUGAUGCCGACUCUGCCAUUAAGAUUCUUGGUUUGAAAUGGUUUCCUUCAUUGGAUGAAUUUUCUUACUCAGUGAAGUCAUCUGGUGAGGUCUGCUCAAAACGAUCUAUCCUGUCUGAUCUCUCACGUAUUUUUGACCCUCUCGGAUUUCUUGCCCCAUUUACUUUUCUUGCAAAGCACUUAAUCCAGCAUCUCUGGACUUUAGGCUUGCAAUGGGAUGAUUCUCUCCCAGUGGAGGUAAACAAUCGCUGGAAUCAGUGCAAAUCUGAAUUGCACGAACUAGCAAAGCUCAAAAUUCCUAGACUGUUGGCAUCAGGUUCCUAUUCACGAUGCGAACUCCAUGGCUUCGGAGACAGUAGUGAACGAGGUUAUGCUGCUGUCAUUUACCUUAGAUUUUUCUAUCCCAACGGAUCUGUUGGUACAUCAUUCGUAUGUGGCAAAUCGAAGGUUUCUCCGGUAAAGAGAAUUUCAAUUCCUAGAUUGGAACUCUGCGCCUGUCUUCUCUUGUCUAAACUCAUUUCCUUAGUUCUCUCGAUCUAUUCAUCCGCCUUUCAGAUAAGCAAAGUUUUUGCCUGGUCCGAUUCCACAGUCGCUCUGACAUGGAUCAGAUCCUCCCCUCAUCGAUGGAAAUCGUUCGUCAGUAAUCGAACGACUCAGAUUCAGGAAUUGGUUUCGCCAGAACUCUGGUAUCAUGUCAAAUCUAGGGAUAACCCCGCUGAUUGUGCUUCACGUGGUUUGACGCCAGUUGAACUUCUGAAUUGUACAUUAUGGUGGGCGGGACCAUACUGGCUCCGUUCAGAGGAAACCACUUUCGAUCGCAGAGAAAUGGAAAGUGAUCAGAAUCUCGUGAGGGAGGAAGAGCGUCACAUUUCUUUGCCCACAUUUGUCUGCUCGCAAUUUGUACCUGAGUUGCUUUCGAAGUUCUCGUCGUUGUCCAAGAUUCAGCGUAUAGUGGUUUACGUUUUCAGAUUCGUUCAUAACCUGAAAAACUCCAAGUCUCGUAUAAAUGGAAUUGUAUCAUCGAUGGACCUCAAACAUGCUUUCACCUUCAUCAUCAAGCAAGUACAGCAAUCUGUGUUUCAGGCAGAUAUUGCUAAUAUUCAGAAUGAAAAACCUAUUUCGAAGGGUCUUCGUAAGUUGAAUCUUUUCAUUGGCGAGGAUGGUGUUCUCAGGGUGGGCGGCAGACUUUCAUUUUCUGGUCUUUCGUAUGACCAUAAACACCCAGCCCUUCUUCCGUCUUCUCAUCGACUCACUGAACUUAUAAUUCAGCAUUUCCAUAGAGUUUACCAUCAUCCAGGUGCCCAAACUCUACAAUUUCUCCUUACUCAACAAGUUUGGAUAUUGUCCGCUCGAAGAGCGAUAAAUAAAGUUAAUUCUCGUUGUCAUACCUGUUUCAGGGUGAAACCAAAGGCUUCUCAGCCUUUAAUGAGUAAUUUGCCCUCUCUAAGAGUGAAUCAGCUCAAGCCUUUUCAAUGUGUAGGUGUAGACUAUGGUGGGCCAUUUCAAACAACUAUGUCUCGAACUCGCGGUUCUAAAUCGUUCAAGUCGUACAUAUGCCUGUUUGUAUGUUUUACAACAAAGGCAUUACAUUUAGAACUCGUCUCAGAUCUCACGUCCAACGCCUUUCUCGCUGCAUUACGUCGAUUCAUUGCUCGACGAGGACGAUGCAAUCAUAUAUUUAGUGACGGCGGAACGAACUUCAAAGGAGCAUAUCGAGAGCUCUCAAACUAUAUGCAAAAUGCGCUGAUUGAGGAACAAAUAAAAUGGAGCUUUAAUCCCCCUUCUGGUCCACAUUUUGGAGGACUUUGGGAAUCCGGAAUAAAAUCCGUUAAAUCGCACUUGCUUCGAAUCAUAGGUGAUCAAAUUCUUACUUAUGAGGAAUUUUACACAGUACUUACGCAAAUAGAAGCUCUUCUCAACUCGCGCCCGCUUUGUCCACUUAGUAAUGACCCGAAUGACAUAUCGGCGUUAACGCCGGGACAUUUUCUCACCUUAGCGCCAUUGACUGCGUUACCUGAACCGGACUUAUCACACCUUUCAAUGGGAAGACUUUCACGUUGGCAGCUUUUGACGCAUAUCCACCAAGAUUUUUGGAAACGGUGGCACUUGGAAUAUUUAAACACGUUACAACAACGUAAGAAGUGGUUCGAUAAAACCACCGAUUGUCUCUCAAUAGGUACACUCGUACUUAUCAAAGAUGAUCAGCUUCCUCCAUUGCGCUGGCGUUUAGGACGAAUCGAAAAAUUGCACCAUGGUGCUGAUAAAAUAGCUCGAGUAGCUAGUGUCCGUACAACUCAAGGUAUACUGCAGAGGCCGGUGGUUAAGUUAUGCCCUUUACCACUUCAAUAA